AUGGAGGAAGCAGAGAUGAUCAACCAGCUUAAGGAUGGCUUCCGCCACCUUCGUGUCCGCACUACUGACGAGACUAUGAAGUACUCUGUUCCCGUUACCACCGUCGCUCGUCCAAACCACAAUGCCACUGGCAAGGAGAUCGAAGUUCUCAUGAACGCCUACCCAAUUACCAAGUUCCCCACUCGUACAGUCUACCAGUACGAUGUCCAAAUUGGAAAUGGCGCUGAGAAAAACGUUGUGAUCAAGAAGGUGUGGAAUUGCAAUGCUCGAAAGGCGGCGCUCAAGCAGAUCAUCUUCGAUGGUCAGAAGCUGGCCUGGUCGAUGAACAACUACCCCAAAGAACUCAACGUGGUGGUCGAUCUUGACGCCGAACAGGGUCGUCCAGCAGGCAAAACUCCCAACACCUUUCGUUUGGUGGUCCGUCCUACCAAGACCGUCAAUCUCGCUGUGCUCAAUGCUUGGCUCACGGGACGCACUUCAAUGUCUGAGGCAGUUUUGGAGGCUAUGAGUUUCCUUGAUCAUGUCCUUCGAGAACACCCGAGUGGCAAAUUUUUGGCUAUCAAACGUUCUUUUUUCGACUCCAAUGGUGAGAAUCAAGAUCUCGGAAACGGAGUCCUGGCUUUCAAAGGUGUUUACCAAGCGAUCCGUCCUGCUCUGGGCCGCGGUCUUAUCGUGAACGUUGACGUUUCAAACUCUUGCUUCUGGGCAAGAACCUCUUUUCUGGGUGCCGCUAUGGCAAUUCUUGAUUGCCGAGACCAUCAGCAUCUCAUGCACCUCCUGAAGCCUGUUCCUGACGGGCAUGGCGGAGUCACUGAAUCUAACGCCUUCUAUGAGGUCCAUCGCCGUCUAAAGAAACUUCAGGUCCAGCCACACUAUCGUGGCUGCCCCUGUCUUGGGGUAGACUUCGUGGUGAAGGGAUUGGUUAACGGCAAUGCGCGCCAGUAUAUGAUCGAUAUCAAAGACAAAGUCACCGGCAAGACCGAUCGCAUCAGCGUGGAAACCUACUUCCAGCGCAAGUACAACCUGACGUUAAACUAUUGGGAGCUGCCCAUGGUGGAGAUGACCAAGAAGGGCGUUGUCUAUCCGAUGGAAUUCUUGACGAUUCACGGUCUUCACAGAUACCCAUGGAAGUUGAACGAAUAUCAGACUUCGAACAUGAUCAAGUACGCUGCUUCUCGUCCUGUUGACCGUCUCAAGUCCAUCCAUAAAUCCAAAGAGAUGCUCAACCACGCCGGCGAUCCUGUUCUCAAGAGCUUUGGACUGGCAAUUGAUAGCAACAUGAUCCGGACCAAGGCUCGCUUGCUUCCCAGCCCCGACAUUCAGUUUGGUGGAAACCAGCGCCACGCACCUGGUACCAGUGGCCGCUGGGAUCUUCGAGGCAAGAAGUUCUACCAACCGAACAAGCGGCCGUUAGAUGCCUGGGGCGUCGGCUUUUUCCCCGGCAAACGAAAUGCCAUCAACCGUACCCAGGUUGAGCUGUUUUGUGACUUGCUCAUGAAAACUUACGCCGGUCAUGGAGGCGUUGUUAACAAGCGCCCUCUCGUUGUUGAACUUAAGGAGGAUAUUGGUGAUGCCAUCAAACGAUUGUACAAUUCCACCGGCCAGAGUUUCCAAAAGGACCCUCAACUUUUGCUGAUCAUUGUUCCCGACAAGAAUUCAUUCACAUACACUCGCAUCAAGAAAUCGUGUGACUGCCGCUGGGGUGUGCCCUCUCAAGUCUUGCAAUCUGGCCAUGUCAUUAAAAUGAAUCCCCAAUAUGCGUCAAAUGUCCUCAUGAAGGUCAACGCCAAGCUAGGUGGUACAACGGCCCGUGCAAUGCCCAAGAUCACUGAAGCCUCCCUUCGCCCCCGUUCAAUGAUAAUCGGCGCCGAUGUGACUCACUCUCCCUUGGGUGUUUGGUCGCCAUCGAUGGCGGCAAUGUCCGUCUGCAUGGACACUUUCGGUGGCCGCUACUGGGGAGCUUGCGAGGCAAACGGAGACCGCAAUGAGAUUAUCGCAAGUUCUAACAUCGAAGUCAUCCUCACUCCAAUGAUUCGGGAAUGGAUGGCCACUGUUGGAGAGGGCAGGGCCCCGGAUAAUGUCUAUUACUUCCGAGAUGGAGUGUCCACCGGGCAGUUCGAGCAGGUCCUCCAACAGGAGGUUUUCGAUAUGAAGGGUAUCUUCAUGAAGCUGACUCAGGAUCAAUGGAAAGGAAAAUUUACUGUUGUCAUUGCAAACAAGCGUCACCACCUGAGGGCCUUCCCUCGUCCAGGUGAUCGCAAUUCUGCAGAUCGCAACAACAACCCCCUGCCAGGCACCUUGAUCACCCGCGACGUGACUAGUCCUCACGACUGGGACUUCCUUCUCUACUCUCAUAUUGCACUCCAGGGCACUGCGCGUCCAGUGCACUAUCAUGUGAUCCUCGACCAGAUUGGCCACAAGGCCCAGGAACUGGAAAACAUGAUCUACGAUCACUGCUACCAGUACAUGCGCUCGACCACCUCGGUGUCUUUGUUCCCCGCGGUUUACUAUGCUCACUUGAUCGCUGCUCGUGCGCGUCAUCAUGAGGAUGUGCCUGCUAGCUCUGGCCCUCAGAGCGGCCCAGAGGUCAAAAUGACCAACCCAAAGCCGAAGAAUCGUCCUGUUGACCCGCGUCUGUUGCCAAUUCAUGGAACUUCCAACAGAUUGCCAUUCGGCAUGUGGUACAUUUGA